ACUAGCAAAAAACUGGGAGGUUGAAGUUUGAAUAAAAUAAAAAACGGCGCUUGAGUGUCGUCUACUACAAGCACAAUUCUAUCGAUAGAAGUGAGUAUAUAUAUCGAGAUAUGCUAAAAGCUCUUGGUCUUGCUGCACUUCCUCCUUCAAUCUCCUCCGCAACUAGUGUUGUGAGGAAAAUGAGCACUUCACCAACAACACCAAUAAAUCCCAAAUUCAUUUCUGUUGAAGCCGCUGAUAUACAUUCCAGAACUAUAUCUGACGGUUUCAGAUUCAGCCUUGUCUCCUAUAACAUAUUGGCUCAGGUUUAUGUCAAGAGCGCUUUUUUCCCACACUCACCUCCUUUGUCUCUCAAAUGGAAACAUCGAUCAAACUCGAUUUUGGAAGUUCUUAAGAGCUUGGGAGCUGAUUUUUUCUGCCUACAGGAAGUUGAUGAGUUUGAUACCUUUUACAAAGGAAGGAUGCAGAAGUUGGGAUAUUCUUCUAUUUAUAUGAAGAGAAGUGGAGAGAAAAAGCGUGAUGGGUGUGGCUUAUUUUACAAGCAUGACCGUGCAGAGUUGGUCUUGGAAGAAAAAAUUGAAUACAAUGAUCUUGUAAAGUCAAUUCAAGAUGAGAACUCUUCAAAUGAUGAUGAACACUACAAUGUCCAGACAACCCAGCCAGAUAAACAAAAGGAUAAUGCGACCAAAAGUGGACCUAAAUCGGGUACAGAAGAUCGUGGAGAUCCCAAUGAUCCUCGUGUGAGACUAAAACGUGAUUGUGUUGGAGUUCUGGCUGCAUUCAAAUUCAAAGGUCCCUCUCGUCAAUUUCUUAUUGUAGCCAAUACACAUCUUUAUUGGGAUCCUGAGUGGGCUGAUGUCAAACUUGCACAAGCUAAAUAUCUAAUAUCUCGUUUGUCACAAUUCAAAACACUGAUAUCAGAUAAAUACGAUUGCAUACCUGAAGUGAUUGUGGCUGGCGACUUCAACUCUCAGCCAGGAGAUAUGGUUUACCAGUACCUUAUAUCAGGCAACCCAUCAUCAGAACUGACGACUGAUUAUAUAGAGGAGCGUCCAAUUCCUCUAAGUAGUGUCUAUGCUUCUACAAGAGGAGAGCCACCAUUUACAAAUUACACACCUGGCUUCACUGGAACACUCGAUUAUAUAUUAUUUUUCCCCUCAGACUACAUUAAACCAAUUAGUUAUCUUGAGCUUCCAGAUUCUGAAGCAGCUAAUAUUGUUGGUGGACUACCAAACUUUAGUCAUCCAAGUGAUCAUCUACCAAUUGGUGCUGAAUUUGAAAUCAACAAGGACUAAAUCCACUUACCAGACUAUUCCAAUUUUUCUGUUGAUUGUGAAACCAAAGUUAUCAAUUGUGCUUAUUACCUGGCCAUUAUUACACUUACCAGACUCUGGUAUAAAUCUUAUUAAUUUGUUAUGUUAUAUGGUCCACAUUCUUAAACUGGCCAGUUCAGCCAGAGAUUGCUAUGAUAAUAAUAGGGAUCUUAUUUGAUGGCUCUAA